AUGAUCGCGGUACGGUCAUACCUUUCAAACGCAACGGACGGAGAAAUAAACAUAAAUAACGACAGCUGAGAAUUCUAAAAAUAAUAUAGGCAACUACCACUAGUUAAUCCAAUUAAGGCGGCUUAAUUAAUUACUGCUUAAAAAACGAAUGUUACAUAAAUGAAAGUAGCGUGUGCAAGUAGCCCUAUCGCUUUGUUUUUUAAUGCUGUCGCAUCCGGAAACCUGUUUUGGAUGCCCGUGAAAUCAUCGAUUGCCACCUUGUGACGACGUCUAUAGCCAAAAGUAUUAAUCAUAGAUAAUUGACGGACGGAAAAUGGUUACGACUUCGGUGAUUGCCGACCUGUGCAUCUUCCUGCUGACCUGGAACGUGGGCACCCACUCGCCGCGGGAACAGGACCUCAACUCCCUGCUGUCCCUCAAUGGGAACACCACCUGUCCGGACAACCAGCUGCCUGACAUAUAUGUGAUUGGUUUCCAGGAGGUGAGCACCACUCAGGUGCUGAAGAUCUUCCAGGACGAUCCGUGGGUGCUGAAGAUCGCCGGCGCCCUGCAGGACCACCAGUUCGUCAAGGUGGACUCCAAGCAGCUGCAGGGCAUCCUCAUUACCAUGUUUGCCCAGCACAAGCACAUUCCGCACAUGAAAAACAUCGAAUCGGAGGCCACGCGCACUGGUCUAGGUGGUCUGUGGGGCAACAAGGGAGCAGUGAGCAUCCGGCUCUCCCUCUACGGAACGGGCGUAGCUUUCGUCUGCUCCCACUUGGCGGCCCAUGAUGAUAAGCUCAAGGAGCGCAUCGAGGACUACCACCAGAUAGUCGAUAACCACAAGUACAACGCGGAGGGAUAUCGCCGGAUCUUCGACCACGACUUUGUCUUCUGGUUCGGUGAUCUCAAUUUCCGCCUCUCCGGGGAGAUGUCCGCCUGGGAUGUGCGCACGGAUGUGGAGAACAUGCGCUAUGAGGAUCUGCUCAAGCUGGACCAGUUGAACCUGCUGCGGGAGAAGGGCAGCGCCUUUAGCCUGCUGGAGGAGCAGCAGCCCGACUUUGCUCCCACUUUUAAGUUCGUGGAGGGCACCAACGACUACAACUUGAAGCGACGACCUGCCUGGUGCGAUAGGAUUUUGCAUCGCGUGCAAAGCAACAUUUAUCCGGGCAUUACCCUCAGUGCCAACCAGCUGUCUUAUCAGUCUCACAUGGACUACAUGCUCUCCGACCACAAGCCCGUAUCGGCCACGUUCAGCUACAAGGUCGACGCAGCCAAUCGGACCUUCACCGAUGAGGAGCUGCACGAGAUGACGCACGGAGCUGCUACAUCUCCCACCGCGCCAAAUGUUAGUCUAACCUUCGCUUUUGCUGUGCUUGUAGCUCUGUCCUGUACUCAACUUUGAUUUCGCUUCUUUUGUAGUUAUUUAACGCUGAACUAGAGCAAUGGUAGCGCCGCCAUGACGUCACUUAAUUGUAUAAUUAUAAAUCUCUUUGCAUGCUUUUGCGUAGAAUCGAUCUAUAGUCGAGUUAUAGAGUAAUCAAAAGACUUCCUUGCAGAAGGAACCAGAGAAACGAAAAUAAUAUCAAGUACAAUGUGAUGGAAUCUCGCUAAUAUAGCAAUCCUAUAAGCAAUUCUCAAGUGAUCCAAUACACGUAUCUAAACUCAUAGUAUCAGUCAAUUAAGAUGAGAUUCUGUUAAAGUUUGAUUAUUUUAAAUAAAAUGUAUUUUUGUACAAAAACCUGUUGAUCGAAUAAAUAAAUCUGUUGACUCUCGAAGUGA